CGAUCACGAAGAACUAAGGUCUGAACACGACAGCGCGUUGUCACGUGAGCAGAUUUACGUCAUCAACCAACGCUGUCAUCACCAUCAUCAACUAACCAACCAUGUCCAGUACCUCCAACAUCAGUAAGCCCUCACGACGAGUGAUACUCUUGCACGCUGACUACCUAGGUAGUCAGUGAAGGGUUGAAGUUUGUAAAGCAAGAGUUGGCAUGGACCUGCCUCUUUUAGUAACGUGCUGCCCCGCCGCACCCCGCGGCAAGUGUGUCGGACAUGACAUCGGAGGCCGCGCGCGAUAGCGAGCCUGGAAACGCGUUUGACGCCAUGGCAUUGCCCUUCAAGUACCAGGGCUCAUCUCCUGCCUUACAACCUCUCGACAAUCGACAGAAGACAGCAUGAGGUGGUUCGCAGCUUCUUUACUGCUGACGGGCAUUGUCUCGGCCCAUGAAGCUCACCAUCAUCACCAAGAGGUGUUCUCACAAGAGCGUCUCGAUGACCUGGAGCAAAAAUGGGGGACAGACUGGGGUUUCAGUGGCAUCUCCACCUUUGCCCAUCUACCUCACACACGUUGCUUGACGCAUCCUGAGCAAGCAUACGACAUUGCCAUCCUUGGUGCGCCUUUCGACACUGCGGUCUCAUACCGACCAGGAGCUCGAUUCGGCCCUCGAGCGAUCCGGUCUGGCUCAGCACGUCAGACAUCCUUCAGGGGAUACAAUGCGCGCGCAGGCUUGAAUCCUUUCACAUCCUGGGCUAGCAUCGUGGACUGCGGAGAUAUUCCAAUCACUCCUUUCGACAAUGCUCUCGCUUUGCGGCAGAUGAGCGAGGCAUACCUUGAGCUUGCGGGGCGAGGGCCUACCGAGAGGAGUACUGGGAGCGGCGUCAAGUAUUUCAGCAAGCCGAAGAUUAUCACAUUGGGAGGUGACCAUAGUGUUGCGCUGCCUGCACUCAGGGCCUUGAAUAAGGCAUAUGGCCAUCCCAUCACGGUCGUUCACUUUGACGCGCACUUGGACACCUGGCAUCCAGCCAAGUACCCCUCGGCUUGGAUUGACCCCGAGGAUCCAACUACACAGUCCUUCCUGAAUCACGGCAGCAUGUUCUGGCUUGCUUCUACUGAGGGUCUUGUCGCCAAUGGCUCAAGUGUGCAUGCUGGACUGAGGACCCGAUUGUCUGGAGAUGACGCGGCGGACUAUGAGGAUGAUACACAGCAGGGCUGGAUGCGCAUCUCUACUGAUGAUAUUGAUGAUAUCGGAACAAAGGGGAUAAUUGAGUCCAUCAUGGAUCGCGUUGGUACAGAAGCCCCUGUCUACCUCAGCAUUGACAUCGAUGUCAUCGACCCCGGUUUAGCACCCGCUACAGGUACACCUGAGCCCGGAGGUUGGUCUACUAGAGAGUUGAUCAGAAUCUUGCGAGGCAUUGAGGGCUUGAACGUUGUCGGUGCGGAUGUGGUCGAGGUCAGUCCAGCAUAUGACAGCUCCGCGGAGAUAACAAGCGUCGCUGCGGCCCAGGUCGUCUACGAAGUAUUGACGAGCAUUGUCCGCAAAGGAUUGACCGAGCAAGCUAAGAUUGGAAGCACCAAGAGCAGCGAUAAAGAUGAAUUAUGAUAGACUUUAGCUGACUGACGUUAGUCGAGGGUUUAUUGUCGAGACGAUCGGAAAAGUUGAGUAUCCACACUGGGUAUGGAUACAAGUAAAUACCACGCUGUAACACUAGAGUGACAGAUACACGAACAAUGAGAAUAAGCAUGAAUAAACC